AUGGCCGAACGAGACGGCCUCGCCACGACCGCCGGCAAGACGAAACACGACGGCCCGGUCAUCGAAGUGACACAAGACUACAACACCUUCACUGCCGUAGCGGGGCCUUCUGGUUCGAAUGACCACGAGGGAGAUUUCGUGACGGAGAAUGAAGACCGGGAUCUCAGUCGUGGACUUGAGCAGAGACACAUCUCCCUCAUUGCCAUUGCUGGAGCGAUUGGGACGGGCCUGUUUCUCGGUCUUGGGUCUUCGAUUCAGACGGCGGGGCCGCUUGGUGCUCUCCUUGGCUACGCCACCGUAGGCCUCAUCGUCUGCGCCGUCCAAUUCGCCUUAGGAGAAGUCACAGCCUUCCUUCCCGUAACAGGAAGUUUCGUUCGACAUGCCGAAUUUCUCGUCGAUCCCGCUAUGGGUUUUGCUAUCGGAUGGAACAUUGUCUAUGGCAACUGGCUGAGUAUUCCCGCUGAGAUCUCGGCCAUUUGUGUGUUGUUCCAGUACUGGACAGAUGUCAAUUCCAGCGUAUGGAUUGUGUUGGUUAUUGCAAUGACUUUCUGUGUGGGCAUUGCAUUUGUGAGGGUCUAUGGAGAGGUCGAAUUCUGGUUCGCCCUCCUCAAAAUCGUCUUCAUCAUCUUCCUCAUCAUCCUGGGCCUUGUCAUCAACCUCGGCGGCAUCCCGGGUGUUCCCCGUCUCGGAUUUCACUAUUGGAAAUCGCCAGGCCCCUUCGUCGAGUAUAUCGGCACAGGCUCCUGGGGUCAGUUCCUGGGCUACUGGGCUUGCAUGUCUUCCGCUGUCUUCUCCUUCGCAGGAACAGAAUCCGUGGCUAUGGCCGCCGCUGAAACACGCAACCCACGGCAAGUCAUCCCGAGGGCUUGUAAGAGAGUCUUCUUCCGCGUGGCACUCUUCUACAUCCUCUCCGUCCUUGUCGUUGGUAUGCUAGUAUCAAGCCAAGAUCCCCGUCUCGAUGACCAAUCUGGCACGGCGGCUCAAUCCCCCUUCGUUAUCGCCGCCUCCGAAGCAGGCAUCAAAGCCAUCCCGUCCAUCGUCAAUGCAAUCGUCAUAACGUCUGCCUGGUCGUCGUCAAAUCAAGCACUACUCGCCGGCACCCGUGUGCUCUACGCCUUGGCCCUGAAGAAGCAAGCCCCCCAGGUCCUCCUCCGCACAACCCCAUGGGGUGUCCCCUACGUCUGCGUCAUGGUCCAGACGACAUUCAUGUUCCUCGCAUUCAUGUCGCUCUCCCAAAGCGCCCUGACCGUCUUCUGGUGGUUCGUCGACCUGACAGCGUGCGGUGUGCUCAUCUCCUGGAUCUCCAUCCUCAUCAACCACCAACGCCUCAUCCUCGCUUUCAAGAAGCAGUCGAUCCCGCUAUCCUCCCUGCCCUGGCACAACGCCUGGACGGUCUUCUCCACGCCCGUGGCAUUGUUCAUGUGCAUCAUCAUCCUCUUCACAGCAGGAUUCUCCAACUUCACCAGAGGGAACUGGAGCACGAGCGGCUUCAUCUCGAGCUACCUCGACAUCCCCCUGGUCCUGACAGCGUUCGUGCUCUGGAAGAUCUUCAAAAAGACCAGCUUCGUCAAGCUAGACGAGAUCCCCCUGAAAGAGGCAUUAGAAGAAAUCGAACGAAAACCAGAAGAAUCCGAACCCCCAAAGAAAGGCUGGGCGAAAUGGAUAGGAAUCCUCUGGGAUUGA